GUUUUACGGACUGUUCAUUUUUUAGCAUAUUGUUAAGCAUGUAAACACCGAAAAGGUUUCAAUGGAUUAUCCAUUGUGCUUAAAUUUAAUUUAUUUCAGCAAGUUGUUUUGAAGGAUCAGUAUUUUCGAGAUAUUUUAAUAUUCAACAAACUCAGUCGUGCCUUGAAACUACCUGACCUUUGCCCUUUUUUUAUUAAGCACUGGAAAUGGAGCAAUUAGAUGCACUGUUGGUUUUAAAACAAAGUAUUAAUAAAAACGAGACACCAAAACUUCUAGCAGACGAAAAUGACAGCUCCCAAGUAGGAAAAAUAUCGGAAGCCAAGUUUGUUGCCUUUUCAGAGUCCCCCAAGCCCUUCAAUUUAGAUGAACAUACAAAAUUUGUAAAGUUGGAAACGAAUGAACCAUUUACGCUCAGAAGCAUUUAUUUUGCUUGGCUUUUGAGAGAUUCCAGUAUUGCUGAUUAUAUCCAACAAUGCUCAGAGUAUGGUAUUCGCAACCUGACAUUCUUAGAAAGAACCGACUUGAUCUCUUGGUUAGAAGGUUCUGCUGAAAGUGAACAUAUCGUUGGAUUAAAAACAGAAGAAGCCGAAAAGACAGGAGAGAUUCCCGCUAGAGAACAGAAAGCUGGAGAAAAAAGCGAGCAAGUAAAAUGGUUACAAGAUAAUUCUCGUGUUGUCUCCAAUCAUAAUACUAUCCUUCACGGUGCAAAGCCUACGAAUUUUCUCUCGUUGCGUAAAGACGUUUUAGAAUACAUCCAUAUGAACAAAGGCUCCAAUGGCCCAGCUGCCGUAGAUGCUGACAAGUCUGCUAAAAGAAGAAAUCGUGACCCUAUUAUUUUACUUUCUCCUUCUGCUUCUUCUCUUUUGACUAUGCACAAUGUAAAGAAGUUCCUCGAAGAAGGUAUCUUCGUACCACCAAUCGAAGCUGCUCAAGCCGCAGGCGGCGGACGCGGAUCUGAACUGGUAACAGUGAAUCAUAGAAGUUCCAAAUCUAACUUUGGUACUAUGCGGUUCAUCGUUGUAGACAACACAGAAAAUUUUAAGCCAGAUUAUUGGAAUCGUGUAGUGUGUGUUUUUACUACAGGUCAAGCUUGGCAAUUCCGUGACUAUAAAUGGUCAGAACCCCAUCAGCUCUUUCACCAUGUCAAAGGUUUCCUGGUUCAAUACGUUGGUGAUGCACCUCAUCCUGCUACAAGAGACUGGAAUGUCGAAGGUGUAUUUGUGGAACGUGUCCGACGACACACAGAUCGUGAGGUCGUCAGUCAGUUAUGGGACAAAUUGGAAAGAUGGAUGGAACAUCGAUGGCCCCUAUGGAACGGUGGCAGACGAUAAAACGUCGCCGUCAUCAAAAACGACGUAUUGUUUUAAGCUGCCCUAUUCACUAAUAUCUUUUUGGCCAACGUUCGGAAAAAAAAAUUUAAUUAAGUCUCUCAAUUUACGAUACUCCAUAUAUCUUCCUGUUUAGAUGUACAAGGAAGUGCUCAAUUUUUCAAAUUUGUUGAUACCUAAUCCAUAAAGAAAACUAUCUAAUAUACAUGUAACAAGGACUAGCAGUUUAUGCUUAAAAUCCCCGUACCCGACGUGGCGCCUUCGCACGUAUUACUGCUUUUCUAGCAGGUUUUUUUGGUACAUCAAUGGUAGAUUGCUUCCGCUGAGCAUCCAACUCACGGUCUGUUGCAAUCUGUUCUUCCAACUUCAUUUUACUAGAAUACACACGUUCAUAAUUUUCAGCCUCGUUGCGAACCCGUUCUUUUAAAGAAUAAUAUACUCCUCCAAAUUCUGCUAACCAGUAAGGGUCAACGCUUGUAACAACAUUCAUAUAUUCUUUUGAAGUAAGCACCAAUUCGUG